CCUUUGCGACGCAACACGUCAACAGUGAGCCGGCGCCGGUUGGGUCAGGUUUCAGUAUCAAGUGGUUUCCUGUGUAUGUGAUUAUUUGGGUCUAGUUAGGGUUGUUAACUACUGCAGAAAAUCUCAUAUUAUUAAGUCAUGGAGUCAAUUGUGUCAUUACCUUUCAAGCUUCUAGAAAUCCCCAACCUUAAGCUGAAGAAGCCAUCAUGGUUCAAACAGCCUACAGCAAUGCAAAUGUUUGCAUUCAUCCUCGUUUCUUAUUUUAUGGUAACAGGAGGCAUCAUUUAUGAUGUUAUCAACGAGCCCCCCAGCAUCGGAUCUACUACAGACGAGCGAGGACAUUCAAAACCUGUGGCAUUCCUGCCCUACAGAGUUAAUGGCCAGUACAUCAUGGAAGGCCUGGCGUCGUCGUUCCUGUUCACCAUGGGCGGCCUCGGCUUCAUCCUGCUGGACCGCACCCACAACCCGGCCACGCCGCGCAGUAACCGUAUGAUGCUGAUCGGCGUCGGCUUCUCCUGCAUCCUCGUCAGCUUCGCCUGCUGUUUCACCUUCAUGCGCAUUAAACUGCCGUACUACCUGCUUUCGUAGAGCACAACACCCACCCGUCGGCUACAGCCGACGAACCUGCGCCACGCCACACCAGACCCCAGUGACAUUACCGCUCCCAGGAGACCGUAGGCAUCGGGCCUGCAGGAUUUAACCCGUCACGCUGGUCGUGCGGGGUCGAUGGGUACGUGGACUGUCUGCAGCGGUGAUUCGCGGACCAAUGCGUGCGUGAUAUUCGACACCCCACUUGAGCGGGCUGUACGGCCGAGUGGUAUAACCACGGUGACACGCCUCGGCCACGAAGAUUGAUGGUGGAUGUAGGUCGUGUCUGCUGCGAGCGGUCAGCACCGCCGCUGGGCAAAGUGAUACCGUUCGCGAUAGUGAAACAACCGGCUUAGCGCGGCGGAACGGCGGUGACAGGCACACCAGUGCUGAAUGUAAUCCACCAUGGCUCCAUUAGAAGUGAUGUUAUGUCUGUUCUCUAACGAAUUAUUUCGGUGGAUGAUUGUGGGACGAUUGAAAUCACUGCAAAGGUACGGUUGGUUUCUUCUGGGCCAUGUCUCAUCCGCUUUUUCCCCGGUGUCCCACUCCGUGUUUAGACGAGUGAGCUGUGCGGGUACGGUCCCGGAAUACGCUCGAUUGAUCCACUUUUGCUACUGCCAUGGGUGAAUAAACACAACAGCACAAAGAUA